CGAAGGAAAAAUAUAAAGAUACUCAUCAUAAAAAUGUCAAAACCCUAGACCCUUUUCUAUCAGAGUGAAGCAGAGCAGGUGAUGGGACUCUCUAAUACCCUCGGUUGGUUGUUGGCAAUUGGCGUUUGGUGCAGUGCAUAUCUCGCAGUUGCAAUCUUCUCGUCUUCCCCAAUCUUCAACUUUCUCCGUCUUCUUAUCUGAAUUAGCAGCUUCGGAAGAAAACCCAGAUAUCUAAAAUGGGUUAUGCACAACUGGUUAUUGGCCCUGCUGGCAGCGGCAAGUCGACUUAUUGCUCUAAAUUGCACGAACACUGUACAACUGUUGGGAGGAAUAUUCAUAUUAUUAACUUGGAUCCUGCUGCAGAAAAUUUUGACUACCCUGUGGCCAUGGAUAUUAGGGAGCUUGUUUCCUUGGAUGAUGUUAUGGAGGAACUUGGAUUGGGUCCCAAUGGUGGACUUUUGUACUGCAUGGAACACCUUGAAGACAAUCUGGAUGAUUGGCUCACAGAGGAAUUGGACAAUUACUUGGAUGAUGACUACUUAGUUUUUGACUGCCCAGGCCAGAUAGAACUUUUUUCGCAUGUUCCUGUGCUAAAGAACUUUGUGGACCAUUUGAAGCGUAAAAAUUUCAGCAUCUGCGCCGUAUAUUUGCUUGAUUCACAGUUCAUGACGGAUGUGACAAAGUUUAUUAGUGGGUGCAUGUCAUCCCUUUCUGCAAUGGUUCAACUUGAAGUACCACAUGUCAAUAUCCUCUCCAAAAUGGACCUUGUGGCAAAAAAAAAGGAUCUUGAAGAUUUCUUGAAUCCGGAGCCUCAAGUUUUGUUAUCAGAGUUGAAUCAACGCAUGGCUCCUCAGUUUGCAAAGCUAAACAAAUCUUUGGUUGAACUGGUUGAUAAUUAUGGCAUGGUGAGUUUUGUGCCUCUAAACUUGAGAAAAGCGACAAGCAUAAGCUAUGUCCUGGCUCAGAUCGAUACCUGCAUUCAGUAUGGAGAAGAUGCUGACGUGAAGAUUAAGGAUUUUGAUCCAGAAGACGAAGAUUAAGGAACUUGAUGAUCUAGAAGAUGGCUGAGCUACCUUAUUAAACUUUUAACUCUUGUUCUUUAAAUGAUCUAAAAGAUGGGGGUAGCAUUGUGAAUAUGCAAGACCAAAUUAUUAACUCUUGUUUGAAAUAUGAGAAUUAUAUGUGAAAGAGUAGAACUAUAUGAAGUACAUUUCUGAUUUAUUUAACUUCUAUUACAGUA